GGGUCGGUCCGGCGCUGAGCGCGCUCCCGGUGGCCCGCAGGUGCGGCCUGGAGCCAUGGUGAUCAUGUCCGAGUUGAGCGCGGCGCCCGUGGGCUCUAGCCAGGGCCAACACAAGCCCCUCCGGGUGGGCUUCUACGACGUCGAGCGGACCCUGGGCAAGGGCAAUUUCGCCGUGGUGAAGCUGGCCCGGCAUCGAGUCACCAAAACCCAGGUUGCAAUAAAAAUAAUAGAUAAAACUCGAUUAGAUUCAAGCAAUUUGGAGAAAAUAUAUCGUGAGGUUCAGAUCAUGAAGCUUCUGAAUCAUCCUCACAUCAUAAAGCUUUAUCAGGUUAUGGAGACAAAGGAUAUGCUUUACAUUGUCACCGAGUUCGCAAAAAAUGGAGAAAUGUUUGAUUACUUGACCUCCAACGGGCACCUCAGCGAGCAUGAGGCCCGCAGGAAGUUCUGGCAGAUUCUGUCGGCCGUGGACUACUGCCACAAUCACCACAUUGUGCACCGCGACCUCAAGACCGAGAACCUGCUGCUGGACGGCAGCAUGGACAUCAAGCUGGCAGAUUUCGGAUUCGGGAAUUUCUACAAGGCAGGAGAGCCCCUGUCCACGUGGUGUGGGAGCCCCCCGUACGCAGCCCCAGAAGUCUUUGAGGGGAAGGAGUACGAAGGCCCCCAGCUCGACAUCUGGAGCCUCGGCGUCGUGCUGUACGUCCUCGUCUGCGGCUCGCUCCCCUUCGAUGGGCCCAACUUGCCGGCUCUGAGGCAGCGGGUGCUGGAGGGCCGCUUCCGUAUCCCCUUCUUCAUGUCUCAAGACUGUGAGACACUGAUCCGCCGCAUGCUGGUGGUGGACCCCACCAAGCGCAUCACCAUCGCCCAGAUCCGGCAGCACAGGUGGAUGCAGGCCGAGCCCUCGGUGCCACGGCAGGCCUGCCCGGCCUUCUCCGCGCUCAGCUACAACUCCAACCUGGGCCACUAUGACGAGCAGGUGCUGGGCAUCAUGCACAGCCUCGGCAUCGACCGGCAGAGGACCGUGGAGUCUCUGCAGAACAGCAGCUACAACCAUUUUGCCGCCAUCUAUUACCUGCUGGUCGAGCGGCUGAAGGAGUAUCGACACACUCAGCCCCCCGCGCGGCCCGGCCCGGCCCGGCCGCAGAGGCCCAGGAGCUCAGAUCUCAGCGGCUUUGAGGUGCCUCAGGAAGGCCUCUCCAGCGACUCUUUCCGAUCCUCCCUGCUAUGCCCACAGCCCCAGGCCCUGGGCCAGUCUGUCCUGCAGGCUGACACGGACUGUGACCCCCUCAGCUCGCUCCAGCCCUUGCUUUUCCCCCUGGACGCCAACUGUAAUGGAGUGUUCCGGCAUCGCUCCAUCUCCCCCAGCGGCCUGCUGGACGCGCCCAUCAGUGAGGAGGUCAGGCAGGGCCCAGGCCUGGAGGAGGAGCGGGGGGCCCAGAAGGCCCUGGCCGGCAGCACAGGCCGCAGGCACACGCUCGCUGAGGUCUCCACCUGCUUCUCCCCGUGCGCCCCUCCAUGUAUAGUCAUCUCUUCCUCCGCCGCGAGCCCUUCAGAAGGCACCAGCUCCGACAGCUGUCUGACCUUCUCAGCGGGCGACGGCCCCGGGGGGCUCGGUGGACGCCUGGCCGCUCAGGGGCUGGUGGGCACCUGCUCCCCUCUCAGACUGGCCUCACCGCUCCUGGGGGCCCAGUCUGCCACCCCAGUGCUGCAGGCUCAGGGGGCCCCAGGAGGGGUCACUCUGCUCCCCAUCAGCUUCCAGGAAGGUCGGAGGGCGUCAGACACCUCGCUCACUCAAGGGCUGAAAGCCUUCCGGCAGCAGCUGAGAAAGAACGCGAGGACCAAAGGGCUCCUGGGCCUGAACAAGAUCAAGGGGCUGGCUCGCCAGGUGUGCCAGCCCUCCUCCAGCCGAGCCUCCAGGGGUGGCCUGAGCUCCUUCCAGUUGCCUGCGCAGAGCCCGGGCCUGCAUGGCAGCGGGGCCAGCAGCCGGGAGGGCCGGAGCCUGCUGGAGGAGGUCCUGCACCAGCAGAGGUUGCUCCAGCUGCAGCACCACCCGGCAGGCCCGCCCAGCUGUCCGCAGGCCCCCCAGCUGCCCCCGGCCCCGCUGGUCCUCGCCCCGUGUGACGGCGCGCUCCUCGUGUCGGGACUCCAGAAGGAGCUGGGGCUGGGGCCCUGCCCACUGCUGCCACCCCACCUCCUGCAAGCCGGGGGCUCCCCGGUGGCCUCAGCGGCCCAGCUGCUGGACACCCACCUGCACAUCAGCCACGCCACAGCCCCCCAUCCCGCCGCCACGCUGCCCCCCAGCUUUGUGGGUGUGGGGCUGCCGCAGGCGGACUGUGAGCUGGAGGACCUGACGGCGGGCCAGCUGGGCACAUUCGUGCUAGUGCAGUGAGCCUCCGCCUCCGCUCGGGCCGCUGGCCCUUCGAAGCAAUAAUUUCAGAGUAUGUGAAGAUGUUUCCGGACUUGAAGCCAAUAAGUUUCUAGAAGCGAAACAAGCAAUACGUUUGGUGUUUUGGCUUUUUAGUUGA